AAUUGUUGUGUUAGCUGUCAAAAUUUCAGUUAAUUUUGCCCGCGUUCUUCGAAUGAUUUGUGUAUUUUCAAUAUAAAAUUUCGCAAAUUAAGUGGAAAAUGUGUGCAGUGGAUUGUGUUGUUUGAAGAUAUAAUACCCUUGUUCCAAAGCUUCAGUGUAAUACAAAAACGAAAACAUAACCUAAAAGUUUGUUUACGUUUUAUAAAUGAAAGAAAAACAAUACAGGACUAAGCUAUCGCCAAAUACAAAUCCAAAUAUGCGGGAAGCAGACGCGGUGCAGCAUUGUUACCCGCACCAAAUCCGUGAAAAAGCAAAUGGUUUUUCGUCAAAUACAUACACCAGUGAACUUCCUUCGGGAAAAAAUUUCAAUCAUCUUCAUCCCGUUUACAAAUAUGUGGAUAGUUUUUUAAGUAAUCCUGCCAUAAAUAAACGACCGACGUCUGUGGUUUGUUCGAGUUGUAUGAAUAAUAGAGAGUUUUCGCAUGGCAGAUACUGCAAAAAGAACUCAAUACGUUACAUCGGUAGCGAUUACGCACCACGAACUUGUGUCGAUCCUUCCGGUCGUUCGUAUCGAGCUAAUUAUCAAAUUAUGGGGAACAACAAACAGAAUAAUAUUCAAAAUAAUCUGCAUAGCAGGAAUACUCAAUAUUGUGCUAUAAGAACGCCAUCGCCUUGUUUCCACCGCCGACAGAACAAUCUAAGUUACACAAUAAAAGUAAAAUUGGACUCGCCGUCAACGAAUCCCCCAUGUACUCCCACGCCAGUAGAAUCAAAUUACUAUGUAGACGGAUUAAAAAAUGAAAUUAAACAAAGCAAAGCACAAAUAUGCCAGUUAAUAACAAAACCUUCCGCAAAGAGUGUUGAAACUCUAACACGCGAUUUGGCAAGGCCAGUGGAUGACCAGUACGUUAGAAAAUUGAAAGAAGAGCUGAUUUGUAGAAAGACUAAAUGUAUCAAUGAAGCCAAAAAUAUUAUCAGCGAACUACAAAAUGAAAUCACGGGCUUUAGGCUUAAAACUAAAACUAAAGUUUCUUCAUCGUGUUCUGACAUUGGUGCUGGUGAUCAACCUCCCCCGACGUCAAAUAUUUGUUUGGAUGCUCCUAAAAUUGUAGAAUGUCGUUCCGGCAGCAAAAAAAACAUUGGCGAAAAGAGGGUGCUUUUGUCUUGCUCUCCACGAGGAGAACCUCCAAGGUGGACUGAGUGCAAAACUUUGUGGCAGGCUCAGGGUGUGUCUAAAGAAACGACGGAAAAUUGUGCGUCACAAAACAUAAAUUUCGAAGCAAAACUAGAAGAAGCCCAUAGUUUAAUAGAAAAAGUUAGAGCAACACUAAGGGAUAUAGGUAAAGGCAUACCGAAGAGCUCAGAGCAAAAUAAUAUGCCAUCAAUAGAACAAAUAAAUGCAAAUGAUCAAAGCUUACGUACAACAUGUUCAUUCCCCGGAGAAUGUCUACUUAAGAAUGCGAUAUCUAAUAGUCUAAGUGAAGAAAGACAGGCUCUCAAAUCACAAGAUAAGGAAAAAAAGGAAGAUGAGUCAUUACAAAGAGGCUCCAAAAAAGAUGUCAGAGCACAAGACGGUACAGUGAAGGAGAAACACUUAAGGAAUGAAAGCUCUACGAAAGAAAAAGUAAUAAAGAAAGUUGACAGUCUACAAAAAGAUGGUACGAAUGAAAAGGAGAUAAAAAAAGAUGAUAAAAUACAACAAAAAGGCAAAAAAAAGAUGGGAACAAAAAGAGAUAAAAGUCCACGAAAAAUUAGUACCAUGACAAAAAAGACUGAUAAAAAUAAAGAAAAAAAGUUACUAGAAGAAAAACGUGAGCUAUGUAAAAAUAAUCGACACAUUACUGUAAAAGAAGAAAUAGAAUUAGAAGCAAAGCCGGAAAAAGCUGAUCUCACGAACGAAAGCAAUUCUACACCCACCGAUAAGAAAAGUGAAACGUUAAUACCAUUAGCAACGGAAGCAGAAGAAAACGACCCAAAGCAGAUCAUAACUAUACAGAGUGUAAAACCUAUGCUAUCCGAUGAUGAUUUUACAAAUAAGUCUGACGGUGUUUCUCAAAGUAUGGAUUUAUUACAAGAGAAAUUAAAGGUUAUUUCAGAAGAAGAUACUGCAGUUCCAGUGAGUCGAAUGGAACGAGGUAGUAGUCCAAUAAACUUUCUGGGUGAUGCCAACAGCCAACCGGAUCAAUCUUUUAAAGUCCGGAUACAUAAAAAUGAUCUUGAAUGCAUUUUGCCUUCGGUCGUAGAGCAUAACUCACAGUCUGCAAACAAUGAAGUCUUCAAAGACUUGAAAGCGAAUCAUGUUGACACUGAUGGUGAAAUUCCUAAAUUGACCGAAAAUAAUCUCACAAAAGCGGCCAAUAAAACAUAUCCCUCAGGCAGUACAUCUGCAUCUCUGCAUGAUACGAUAACAUCGAAUACAGGUUCAUUUGAAAGAAUAUCGGAAAAAUCGAGCGAAAAAUGGACGAAAGCAACGAGAUUGUCAAUCCAAAAGAUGCCUCCAGUAAAUAUUCGAGGGGGCUUAGUUAUGCAAAAGACCCUACACUUAUGCAUAAAACCAUCCGGCAGUGUAACCAAUGACGUAGGCAAAAAUCGGGCAAACAUUGGUUAUAAGGAAAUUACAAUGGUUUCAAACACAAGUUUAGCAUCUGGUAGAUGCCCAGAUGAUUGUAAGAAUAUAGAAGGCGGUUACUGCAAGAGUAAUAUUUAUAAAGCAAAGAGUGUAUUUAAAGAUAUAGGAAGCGUUGAGAAAUUAGAUAGGAGAACCAUAGCUGCAUUAGAUGAAGAUACAUAUAAAUUAUAUAAAUCGUUUCAGAUUUUUGACGGUAAAUAUGAAAGCGGAAGGAAUGAAACGUUAGACACCUUAACUACAACUAGAAAACCUGAUCAAAUAAACCCUAUGGAGAGUAAAGAUACAGUUAUGAAAAUGUCAUCAGUAUUUAAACAGAAUAGAAGUAGUGUACGUCCUUAUUCCCCAAGUGUGAGCGAUUCCCUUGUUAUAACUAAAGCAAAUAAAAAUCCGUGGGCUAUCGGAUUCUAUAAAUCGAAAGCAACGCAGUGCAAUGACCUUAAUAAUUCUAUACGAUCACCACGAAAAUUACCGGUAUCUGAAAAAAGCUAUAAGACGGCAUUGCCCGUACAAGAUAUUCCACCUAAACCUCAACAGAAGUUACAUAAACAUAUAUUAGUUGAAUUAGAUACGGAAAGUGACGUACCUACAGACAUGCCUGCAGAUGUACCUACUCUAGAAAAAUCAAAUGUAUCUACUCUAGCUUCAGAAGAUGUUAAACCAGAUUGUCAUUUUGAGGAACAAGAAAUAUCGACUCAUUCAUUAGAAACGAGUUCUGUAGACAUGGCGACAUCGCAAAGUGCAACACGUCCAGAGUCAACGAGGACUAAUACCACGGAACAAGACUCUUCUUUGGAAGAAAAUGCUAACGACACCUCAAGUUCGCAUCGAAACGUUAAUGAAAAUGUGGAGAACAAAGUUUCUGAAGAAUCGGCUCCAAAAUUUCAAACCAUAAGUGUGGGUGACAUUCUUACUGCUCUUCAAGACUACCCUAACGACGAGAUGCUCAGUAGUUCGAAAGAUUACGUCAGUGACGGUUUUCAGAUCAAGGAAAAAACUGAGUCAGUUUUGGAUAAACCACUUGUUCCAGAACUGCCCAUUAACAAAAAAAAAGACGAAAAAAAGGAAAAAACAGUGAAGUCGGCGCACGAUUUUAGUAGCAGCAGCAGCAGUAGUGGAAGUAGCUAUUACAUUCAUGGCAGUCUCACUAGUCCACAGCGGAAAGCUGCUUCCAUGACACCACCGGCGGCAACUUCUGCAACGAAUCAACCAGCUCCAUCCAUCUCGAGUGCGAAACGUCCACAAGAUCCAUCAGAUGAAAAGAUAGACAAAAAAAGUUCACUGAAAAACAGUGAAUUUAUAAAUUCAUUAAAAAUCGCUCCAGACGAAGUAAAAAACGAAGACUUUAAUCGCGAUAAUAAUAAAAGGAAAGGACCCAAAAAGUCCGAUAAAGUCGAAGUAGAACAUGAAGUAUCUAAAGAAGUUAAACCCCCAAUCCCCCUCGGACAAAAAGUGGACGAAAGUAUUCAAGUUUCCUUGGAGUCAUUGGAAAGUGAUUCGUCUACCGACAGUAGUUUCGAGGAGGAAAGAGAACGGGCAAACACUAUAGCUUACUUCAUAAAAGGUUUAACAGGAACUUCACAAGAGCAAUUAGAGAAACUCCGUAGUAAUCCAAGUUUUCCCAAAACUGAUCUGCAGACCUAUUCUAAAAGUGCCUUAAAAUUAUCUGUUCCAGAUGUCCGCUCAAGUUACAUUAAAAUGUCCGAAACAUCGAAAACUAAAAAAGAUGAUGAAAAAAGAAUGCCCUCUGCUGAUACCGAAGAAGAAGUAGAAACUCUUGAUUAUGUUAAACCGUCAAUAGCAAUUGUUUCAUCGGAUGAUGAUUUAUCAGAUAAAACAAAAUUGCAGCGCUUGAAGCAAUUUCAGAAAAUGCAAGGAUCCGUGCAACACGGAGGCGAUAAAAAUGAAAAAACUGUAAUGAGAGUGACAGCAGAAAAAAAUAAUUCAAUAGAGGGUGAACACUCUCAUAUGUUGUCGAAGAGACACUUACCUUUCUACCGACGUGUACUCGGUCGAAUAAUCGAACCUAAUUCGAAAAGACCAAUGCCAAAGUCACUCAGUGACGCACAUCCGGUUGAAGAGUCGAUUUCUGAAGGAGAAAUUAAGUGCAGAAAUAGUCAGAGUAUAGGAGAAGUUGGUUCGUAUAAAUAUAUUGACAGAAAGAAGAUCGGUAAAGCCGGGGUUAAAUAUCUCAAAAAACACUUGGAUGAGGUAAACAGAAAAGAAACGGGAGACCAAUCUGUUAGAAUUGCUAGGCAAAGAGCGCAAUACAACAAUUGGGUAACUUAUUAUUUACAGAAACAGCAUAACGUUUCGUUAAACGAUGAUAGUAGUUUUUCCUCUUCUGUUAAUAAAGCUGGGAAAUAAGCAACAGUGUUGUAAAAAUUAUGUGUAAUUGUAUGAUAAAACUUUCUUUUAUAAUGUGA